AUGCGAGCGCAGAAGAAACAGGACCUUAGGUUGGUGCUGCCGCCUAAGUCGGCAUCCCGCAGGGAACACGGUGCCUAUGCCUCCAUCUUGCGGCGGGAUGAGCUGUUCAUCUCUUGGAUCCUCAAGCAGCUGGUUGACGACAACGACCUGUACAGCAGUACCGCAACGCCUUACCUGACAGCUUCUGGCAUGCUUAAAAAGGCCAACUCCAUCGGCAACACUACCUCCCAGGCCUCUGCGGCUGCAUUUCUGCGGAGCUGGCGCAUACAAGGCUUACCCUUUGCGCAGGAGUCUGUGGAGGAUCGCCCGCCUGCUUCCUCGCGCACCCGCUGGUCGCUGUCGCAGAAGAAUAGCUCCUCGACUGUGCCAAAGAGCGCGCUCGCCUCCGCCUGGAGCCUGUGCGAUCGCUACGAGCAGGAGUUAGAUAUUAUCUAUAUUAACAAGGCGUACACUAAGAGGAUAGACCAGAUUAAGGAGCAAGACGUUGCCCGCAGCAGCGAUGCUAAGAACCGAGGCAGCAGGGGCAAAGUCAGCUCUGAGGCCAUAGACGCCCUGCUGCUGUCCGCUACUGCCAUGUCGGGGCGUCAGCAGCGUCAGCGAUUCAAGAAGCAGCUGCACCAAGCGCUCCGCUGGUACGAAGCAGCCAAGCAGCUGGGCUGGGGCAUGCUCUGCCUGAUGCUGCACGACAUUAUCUCUAACUUGUGGGUAGAGAACAAUCUCCGCGUCCCCUUCUGGCAUAUCUGGCUUAAGUUGGUUAUAGAGGUGAAUCUGGAGGCCUAUAAAGCAAGCAUGGCCUUAGACGCCUGGCUAGGCUCAGAAGGCAUCUCUGGCGGAUCCAUCAGCGAGAAGGCAACGCUGUCGAUCGAGGCAGACACGCCGACACCGGCGACGCAAGUAGAGGAGAUUAAAGACAGCGAGAUGGAAGAUGGCGAAGACACCAAGAACGGCGACAACAACGGCGCUGAGGAUGCGCCGUCUCAAGGACCCGCUAAGAGCCCUGCGCCCGCCCGUCCGAUGCGCCAGCUUACCUUAAUUAAGCUGUGUAAGCCUUUUUAA